AUGUACAAUGAAGAGCCUACAAAUUUAACAUUAUAUUUACAGCUAACAAUAGAUGAACGUCACCACAACAGUCGUGUCGGUCGUGUCAGUUGUGUCGGUCGUGGCUAUCGUGUUGGUCGUGUCUGUCGUGUCAGUCGUGUCAGUCGUGUCGAUCGUGUCUAUCGUGUCGGUCGUGUCGGUCGUGUCGAUCGUGCCUGUCGUGUCGGUCGUGUCGAUCGUGUCGGUCGUGUCGGUCGUGUCGAUCGUGUCGGUCGUGUCGGUCGUGUCGAUCGUGCCUGUCGUGUCGGUCGUGUCGAUCGUGUCGAUCGUGUCGGUCGUGUCGAUCGUGCCUGUCGUGUCGGUCGUGUUGAUCGUGUCGGUCGUGUCGGUCGUGUCGAUCGUGUCGGUCGUAUUGGUCGUGUCUGUCGUGUCGGUCGUGUCAGUCGUGUCGGUCGUGUCGAUCGUGUCGAUCGUGUCAGUCUUGUCGAUCGUGUCUAUCGUGUCAGUCUUGUCGGUCGUGUCUAUCGUGUCGGUCGUGUCUAUCGUGUCAGUAGUAUCAGUCGUGUCGGUCGUGUCAGUUGUGUCGGUCGUGUCUAUCGUGUCGGUCGUGUCUAUCGUGUCGGUCGUGUCUAUCGUGUCGGUCGUGUCUAUCGUGUCAGUCGUAUCAGUCGUGUCGGUCGUGUCAGUUGUGUCAGUCGUGGCUAUCGUGUCGGUCGUGGCUAUCGUGUCGGUCGUGUCGGUCGUGUCUAUAUAGAAAUUCUCAAUGAUAGCUCGAGAUUAGAAGAAAUGUUCAAUAUUUGGAUUCUAACCGGUAAAGGCAGUAAGCUAUAA